CGCUCGUCGGUGUGCGUAAUCGUAUCUGUGCGACGUACCGCCGAGCGUCGAGAGCGCUCAACGUAGAGCUGCGGUGCGAGACAUGACGUUAGUUCACUUCGAUAGCUCUACGAGUCUGCACGUGAAUUUUCCCUGGGCUCUCGGCUGUCUUGACUGCUCAAAUCUCACAACACACAAUCUCACAUCUCAAUCGGCAUCGAAUCGGUCAAGCAACCCAGUAGAAACACACAUUCGAAAUCUCAAUCUGUAUCUGAAUAUCAGAGUUCUGCGUUCUGACCACUGAGUUCUAUCGAUGAUUUAAAUCGUUGCGAAAAAUCGCCACAAAAAGUGCCAAGUGUUAGAAGUGCUAAAUGAAAUUCGAAAAUAAAAAAUCUAAAUAAAUAACCAAAUAAAACGCAGUUAGCCCAACACGCUAGUCAAGCUAAAUAAACGUGAAACCCCAAGCAAAUUGCCGUCGGAUUUUUAACUUAACCCAAAGCUGAAAUAAACUUGUUGAACGCGCUCGAGGGCCACGCCCCCAAAAAAGCAAACGGAAAAAACCGUCGAGCCCAAAAACAAAAAACGAAAAAACAAAAUAAGCGAAAUAGAAUUUUUGCGCCUGCCACGUUGCCCGUAAAAGACGUCAAGACGGUUGCCUCACGGUUCGAGUGGAAUGAGCAUAGGGACCCUGGUCUUCCUUUCGAUCGAUCGGUGUACAAAGUCGUUAAACUGAGCCCCAACUUGGAGCCCUACCCCGCCAGCGUGGAGGGCCUGAACAGCCCCAGAGCGGUGGGGAUGGCCGCGACUUCGUACAUGACGCCGCCGAGCGGUGAUCUGGACAUGGCCCUCGGAGGCGGUGGAUAUCACACCUCGUCGCCGCGCUCGGCGGCGGAUGCCGGUGAGAUGAAGUACAUGCAGCACCAUCAUCAUCAUCAUGCCGCCGCCGCGGCAGCUGCCCACCAUCAGUUGCCCUCGUCGCCAUCGCCCAAUGGCCAGGGCAAUGGUGGCGGACUUGGAUUGGGUUCCGGUUCCGGGUUGGGCUCAUGGAGUGCCCUCCAUCCGGAUCCGUGGAUGCAAACCCAUCAUACGCACCAUCUGCCCGCCGCCGCUGCCGUUGCCUCGGCAGCCGAUACCGUCAAGCAGGAGAUGUCGCAUCUCUCGCAGCAGACGCGCAUCCAACAGGGCAUGGCCUCGCCCCAUGCCGCCUGGCAUGCUCCCCAUGCGGGACACUAUGCGCCCACGGGCGGCUCACCGUUGCAGUACCAUCAUGCCAUGAACGGAAUGCUCCAUCAUCCGGCCCAUGCGGUUGCAGCGGCCCAUCAUCAGAGUGUGGCGCCACUGCAUCAUACGCUGCGCGGGGAAUCGCCACAGCUGCACAUACACCAUCACAUGGGCGGCGGUGAUCGGGAUGCCAUAAGCGGCGGCGAGGAGGACACUCCCACGUCCGAUGAUCUGGAGGCCUUUGCCAAGCAGUUCAAGCAGCGCCGAAUCAAGCUGGGCUUCACCCAGGCCGAUGUGGGCCUGGCACUGGGCACUCUCUAUGGCAAUGUGUUCUCGCAGACGACCAUCUGCAGAUUUGAGGCACUGCAGCUGAGCUUCAAGAACAUGUGCAAGCUGAAGCCGCUGCUGCAGAAGUGGCUGGAGGAGGCGGACUCCACAACGGGCUCACCCACGUCCAUUGACAAGAUCGCCGCUCAGGGGCGUAAGCGCAAGAAACGCACCAGCAUCGAGGUGAGCGUGAAGGGGGCACUGGAGCAGCACUUCCACAAGCAGCCGAAGCCAUCCGCCCAGGAGAUAACCUCGUUGGCCGACUCCUUGCAGCUGGAGAAGGAGGUGGUGCGCGUGUGGUUCUGUAAUCGGCGGCAGAAGGAGAAGCGCAUGACGCCACCAAAUACGCUCGGCGGCGACAUGAUGGACGGCAUGCCGCCGGGCCAUAUGCAUCAUGGUGGCUAUCAUCCGCAUCACGAUAUGCACGGCAGUCCGAUGGGCACACACUCCCACUCGCACAGUCCGCCCAUGCUGAGCCCACAGAAUAUGCAAUCCUCGGCGGUAGCGGCGCAUCAGUUGGCGGCCCACUAGCAAUCAGAAAU